AUGAGGAGAACUUCAGUCUCGCUGCCUACUAAGCAAGCAGCUCGCGACCCUCACGAGAAACCAGCCCGUUACGAGUCCGGUCUUCACCACCGGGCCAACAACCAAACCGGCAUCCUGGAGAAACUACAGCAAGCCACGGGCAUGAAUCAACAGCAGAAGGCAAGGUGGCUGAAGACCACGGCCAUAGUAGCCUUCCUGAUCUUCUUGUUCUAUUUCCUGUCCCCAAAGGGCGCCGAUAUCUACCAAGAUGGUACGUCAGUGUCGACAAACCCAUCCACUGGUGGGCAGACUCCCUCAGACUCGACCUACGGUACUGGGGCAUGCACCAAGUCCUUCUCCAAGGACAAGCCCAUCGUCCAGUAUGUCUUGAUGAUCGACGCCGGCAGCACUGGUUCCCGUAUCCACGUCUACAAGUUCAACAACUGUGGACCCACCCCCGAGCUCGAGAAGGAAGAAUUUAAGAUGACCGCAAAGAACGUCGGAGGCCUGAGCAAGUAUAAGGACGACCCUCUGGCCGCUGCCAAGACUCUCGACGACUUGAUGGCCGUCGCCAUGGAGCACGUUCCUGACAAGCUCAAGGGCUGCUCUCCAGUUGCUGUCAAGGCGACUGCUGGUUUGCGUAUGAUUGGCACCGAAGCCGCCGACAAGAUCCUCAAGACCGUCCGUGAGCACCUGGAGACCAAGUACCCAUUCCCUGUCGUCUCCGAGGCCGAGAACGGUGUCGCAAUCAUGGACGGUUCUGAUGAAGGUGUCUAUGCCUGGAUCACCACCAACUACCUGCUCGGCAAGAUUGGCGGGCCUGACCAGGACCCCACCGCUGCCAUUUUUGAUCUCGGCGGUGGCUCAACUCAGAUCGUUUUCGAGCCCACCUUUAAGGGAGUUGAGGGAAGCGGCAUGCCCGACCGCCUGGCCGAUGGCGACCACAAGUACAAGCUUGACUUUGGUGGUCGCAAGUUCGAACUGUACCAGCACUCGCACUUGGGAUACGGUCUGAUGGCUGCCCGCAACUCUAUCCAUCUUACUCUCCUAAAUGACAUAGCCAAGGGAUACACCUCCAACGAGUGGCUGAACAAGCCCAUCGUCAACCCUUGCAUCAACGCCGGCCAGAGUGACAAGAUCACGGUGGAUGUUGGUUCCAACUCUCCUCUUGGCUCCGGCAAGAUCGAGCUCAACAUGACCGGACCCUCUGUCCCCGCACCUGCGCAGUGCCGCCAGCUUGCUGAGCGCAUCCUGAACAAGGAAGCUGCCUGUGCCCUGGCUCCUUGCUCUUUCAAUGGUAUCCACCAGCCUUCUCUUGGCAAGACCUUCGCCAAGGAGGACGUGUACGUCUUCUCCUUCUUCUACGACCGCCUCCAGCCUCUCGGCAUGCCCGACAGCUUCACCCUGCGCGAGCUCCACGACCUCACCCACACCGUGUGCUCGGGCGAGUCCCACUGGGAUGUCUUCAAGAGCUUUCCCGACGCCCUUGAUGAGCUCAGGGACCGCGGCGAGAGCUGUCUCGACCUGAGCUUCAUGGUCGGUCUCUUGCACACUGGCUACGACAUGCCCAUUGACCGUGAGGUCCGCAUCGCCAAGAAGCUCAAGGGCAACGAGUUGGGAUGGUGCUUAGGUGCUAGUCUGCCUCUUCUGGCCAAGGGCUCAGGUUGGCAAUGCAAGAUCUCCGAGAUCCACUAA